CGCGGGCCUCGCCGCCGUCUUCCCGGGGCUUCCCCAGAGGGGGUCCGGUCCGCGCCCCGGUCGAGGAUGUGCGCCCCCGCGGGCCGCCCAGCCUGAGCCAUGCGCCCCCGCGGCGGCGGCGCGCCGGCCGGCAUGGAGCCCCGCGCGGCCGCGCUCUGACUCGCUGCGCCCCGCGGCCGGCGGGCGGCGGGAGGCGGCGGACCGAGAGCAGAUACCGGCGCCGCGGGACGGAAGCGAGCGGGAUCGGAGCCGCGCGGAUGGCCGGGGCGAGCGAGGUCUGAGCUCCGCUCGCUGAGACGUGACCAUGUGGAUUCAACAGCUUUUAGGACUCAGUUCCAUGUCCCUCCGCUGGCCGGGCUGCGCGCUGGGAAGCCAUGCCUGGAUCCUGAUCGCCAUGUUUCAGCUCGCCAUGGACCUGCCCGCCUGCGAGGCGCUGGGCCCCGGCCCCGAGUUCCGGCUGCUGCCCCGGCCCUCGCCCCGGCCGCCCCGCCUGUGGAGUUUUAAGAGUGGACAGCCGGCCCGGACCCCCACGCCCGUGUGGAGCCCCCGCCCUGCCCGCGUGGAGCGCAGUCACGGGCAGAUGCCAAGUCCCCGUGCCAAACGGGCGCACAGACCCCGGGACCAGGUGGCCGCCCUGGGGCCCAAAGGGGGGCUCGCCAAGACCCCGGCCGCUGCCAAACCCAGCCCGUCCCUGGGCCCCGCGCCCUCCUCGGCGUCGCCCCCCGUGGGCAGCGGGGCCCCCACGGACCAGCAGGCCCUGCUGAGGAGGGGCCGGAGGCAGCUGCCCGCCGCCUUCAACAGCUUUGACCUGCACCUCCGCGGCAGCAGGCCCACCACGGAGGCCGAGUUCAUCGCGUGGGGGCCCACGGGGGAGGAGGAGGCCCUGGCGGCCAACACGAUUCCCGACGGCCCCACCACCGUCUCCUACUUCCAGACGCGGAAGACCACCGUGGCCACCACCGCCGCCACGGCCACCACGGCCACCGCCCUGACGCUGCAGACCAGGGGGGUCACCGCGCCCCUGGACCCCAGGAACAGGGUCCCGGCUGGGCUCAGCACCACGGAGCCUUCCACCAGUCCCAGCAGAGACAGCGGCAGAGACACCAAGCCCCCGCGGAUUCUGGGGGAGACCUCAGGUCUGGCCGUCCAUCAGAUCGUCACCAUCACCGUCUCCCUCAUCAUGGUCAUAGCUGCUCUGAUCACAACUCUUGUCUUAAAAAACUGCUGCGCGCAGAGCGGGCACCCCCGCAGGAACGGCCGCCCGCGGAAGAUGGACCAGCAGGAGGAGAGCUGCCAGAACCUGACGGACUUCCCGCCGGCGCGCGUGCCCAGCAGCCUGGACAUCUUCACGGCCUACAGCGAGGGCCUGCAGUGCUCCCACGAGUGCGUGCGCGCCUCCGUGCCCGCCUACGCCGACGAGACACUGCGCUCCGUGGGCGAGUACAAGUCCACGUUCAACGGGAACCGGCCCUCCUCUUCGGAUCGGCACCUCAUUCCCGUGGCCUUCGUGUCUGAGAAGUGGUUCGAGAUCUCCUGCUGACUGGCGAAGCCUUUUUUACCUCCUGGGGGCAGGGCGGACGCCGUGUGUCUGUGUCACGGAUCCCGUGGGUGAACCUGUAAAAAACUCAACUACACUUACAAACCUAAAACUACACUAUGUGAGGGAGGCUCGCCGCACUCCCACAGCUGUGUGCCGGCGGGGACUCGGAGCAGGACGCUAGAGGCCAAAUAUAUUUUUAUAGAGAAGCUCGCGCCUACGGGGCUGCCCUCCCCCAGCACCAGAGGACGAGGGGAGAACGCCAGACGGACCGGAGGCCGAGGCAGCAGGCCCAGCGCAGAAGUGGACGCCCCCGGGGAGGCGGGCGCUGUCCACGCUUCUGACUGUGCCAACAAUACCGUUAUGUGCCAUGCAGGACCCGAGGGACCUGGUGAACCGCCGAGCCGCGCCCGCGUGGGAAUCUCACGGGAAGCAGGGCUGGGCAUCCCUUCCGCAGAGUCACUGUUUCUGGGGAAUAUCGAUGUAUAUAAAUAUAUAAACACACACACACACACUUUUUUGUACUGUAGCAAUUUUUGAAUAUCUUCGAUGUUCCUUUUUAAAAAAAAAUAAGUGUUAUCGGUCACCAAACCCGACUGAUGUGACAUGCUUAGUACGGACGGAAUACACUGGUGUUUUCUACCUUGCAGACGCACACGCGCACACACCACACGCCGGCUCGCACACACGCACACACCCCCACACACAAACGUAUACGCGCACAUAUAUAUAUAUGCAUAUACUGGACACGCAGUCCGAGUGGGCAUAUUUCUUCGGGGGGGUCCUGGUCCCUCAUUGCCACCCGUCCUAGGGGACCGCCUCCUCGACCCACAGACCCUCCAAUGGCGUGUCCCCCGUUUGCAAGUGUUGGGUGAGAGGCGCCAGGCGUGCGGCCGGAUGAAGAAGGCGUGGUUUUAUAUACAUACCCCUAUAUAUACAUAUAUGUACGCACACACGUCAUGUUACCGUUUUUUACCUGACUGUUGGAAGAAGCCACUAAGCCAUGUGGGUAUUUAUGUAGCAGCUGCUCGCCCUGGGCCCGGGCGCCACCGGGCGGGGGCGGGGUCUUGGCCAUCUUCGUGUUAUCCAAGCGUAGAUCGAAUUAAAGACAUU